CAUUUCAUGUUACUAUUUCCGCCCCCAACUAAGCAAAACACCAAAAACAAAUACAAAGUCCACGCCUGCUACCGCCGCCGCCGCAGCAGCCACCGGUUUCCUCCUGAAAUAGAGCUCCCAUGGCUGAAACUCCAAAGAAAAGAUCCAAACAAACCCCUGAGCACCAACAGCAUGAUCUAUCUUCCUCAAAUGCCAUUACAAUCCCUGCAACCCCAGUAGCCCUAGACCCCACCCCUGUCCGCCGAUCUUCCCGCCUUUACACCAACCCAACAGCGGCCACUGCUCCACCUCCUCCACCACCACGUUUCACCCGCCGUAAAUCCCUCAAUUUCACAACCACCACCCCCACCCCCACCCCCACCCCCAAAACCCCCAAGAAACCAGCUCCCCAAAGUCAGGAAGAUGCUGCUAAGCAGAUUUCGCCUAUAUCCCCCGAUCGAUAUGAAACUAGGAGAAAAAGAAAAUUAGAUGAAGAAAAGAAUGCGGGUCUUGCGAAAAAUAAGGAUUUGAAAGGGGGGAAGAAAAGGGUUUAUUAUAGAAAAGUGGUUUAUGAUGGGGGUGAGUUUUCUAUAGGGGAUGAUGUCUAUGUGAAGAGGAGAGACAAUGCUGAAUCGGAUAAUGAGGAUCCUGAAGUGGAGGAGUGUGUGAUGUGCUUUAAGGCUGGGAGGGCGGUGAUGAUUGAGUGUGAUGAAUGCUUGGGGGGAUUUCAUCUCAAAUGUUUGAAACCACCUUUAAAGGAGGUUCCAGAGGGGGAUUGGAUUUGCAGGUUCUGCGAGGCAACAAAGUUGGGGAAAAAUGUUGAAUUGCCUGUGCCACCUGCAGGGAAGAAGAGGGCUAGGACUGCUAAGGAGAAGUUGCUUUCGAGUGAUUUGUGGGCAGCCCAUAUUGAAAGUAUGUGGAAGGAAGUGGAUGGUACUUAUUGGUUUCGGUCUCGAUGGUAUAUUAUUCCUGAGGAGACUGCUGCUGGGAGACAGCCACACAAUUUAAGGAGGGAGCUUUACAGGACUAACGAAUUUGCUGAUGUUGAGAUGGAAUCUAUCAUUAGGCAUUGUUAUGUUAUGAACCCUAAAGAUUUUAGCAAGGCUGCUGAUGAAGGAGACGACAUUUUCCUGUGUGAAUAUGAGUAUGAUGUAUGUUGGCACAGUUUCAAACGCAUUGCAGAAAUCUCAAAUAAUGAAGAGGAUGCUGAAGAGGAUGAAAGUGAUAAGGACUGGAAUUCUUGCGAAAUUACGGGCUCUGAUUCUGAAGAUGACACAGACUAUAAAAAAGAGAAGAUUAAUGGCUCCCAGCGUGGACCCUCAUUUGGUCCCUCAUUUGGUCAUUCAUUGGCUGCUAACUUGCGGAAGGGGCAAUUUUUUGGACUUCAAAAGAUUGGGGCAAAGAAAAUACCAGAACACACAAGAUGCCACAAACAAACAGAAAUUGGAAAAGCAAAAGCUAUGCUUCUACUGGCAUGCUUACCUAAGUCUCCACCUUGUAGGAAUAAAGAAAUGGAAGAAAUAACUGCAUUUAUCAAAGGAGCUGUAUCUGAUGGUCAAUGCCUCGGAAAAUGUCUUUAUAUUCAUGGAGUUCCUGGAACUGGGAAGACAAUGACUGUCCUUGCAGUAAUGAGGACCCUAAAAAUCGAAGUUGAUUCUGGGAAUAUCAAGCCUUAUUGCUUCGUUGAGAUCAAUGGUCUAAAGCUAGCCUCACCUGAAAAUAUCUACAGAGUAAUCUAUGAAGCUUUAACUGGACACAGAGUUAGUUGGAAAAAGGCUCUACACUUAUUGAAUGAGCGAUUCUCAAAUGGGACGAAUUGGGAAGAAGAAAAUAACAAGCCUUGCAUCCUACUCAUAGAUGAACUUGAUCUUUUAGUAACCAGAAAUCAAUCGGUUUUGUACAACAUUCUUGAUUGGCCUACCAAGCCACAUUCCAAACUAAUUGUGAUAGGUAUAGCAAAUACCAUGGAUCUUCCUGAAAAGUUGCUUCCACGCAUCUCGAGUCGGAUGGGCAUACAGAGGCUUUGCUUUGGGCCCUAUAACUACCAGCAGCUUCAAGAAAUCAUAUCUAGUCGCCUCAAAGGAAUUGAUGCUUUUGAAAAACCAGCAAUUGAAUUUGCUUCUAGAAAGGUUGCUGCUGUCUCUGGUGAUGCUCGCCGUGCACUGGAGAUAUGUAGGCGAGCGGCAGAACUUGCAGAUUAUCGCUUAAGAAAAUCACAAUCACUUAAUGAUUCCGCUGGUACAAGAAGAAGUCUUGUUGGUGUGGCAGAUGUAGAAGCAGCAAUAAAGGAAAUGUUCCAGGCUCCUCAUAUUCAAGUAAUGAAAAGUUGUUCCAAACUGAGCAAAAUAUUCUUGGCAGCAAUGGUGCAUGAACUGUACAAAACUGGAAUGGGUGAAACCAGCUUUGAAAAGUCUUACUCCUUGCUGCUGUGCUACCAUCUGAAUGCCUGAGUUAUGCAUCUUCACAUGGUUGCAAGCUGCCAAUUGCUUCCUUGGCACAUACAGCGCUAUCAUAUUUUGUUUGUCUUAUCUAUUACUUUUUCUAUUACCACAAGAUAGUAGAUACAACUUGCUGUUUCUUUGUGAUUUAUUUUUGAUUCCGCCAAACUGUCCUUGGGAUUUCUUUUUCCUUCUUUGUUUUUGGAUGUGGCACCAGGAGUUGGGGAAAGGGGAUGGGGGAUUUAGCUUUUUCGGGCUGUUAGGGUAGCUUGACUAUAUUGUUUGGUAUGAAAUCUGAUAUUCUGCAUCCAGCCUCCAGCUGCUGCUGAGAGGUUGUUGAAUGUUAGUUGAUGCCACAGCAGCAGCUGGAAAGUAAAAGAUUACAUUCAGUGUCAUUCAAAAAUUGAAUCUUCCCAUUUUUAUCAGGUUUUACUGUUUCUGUUUUGUGUUGACUUUUCUUUUAAGUUUUUAAAGAUUUUUUUUAAAUUAUAUUCUGUGGGAGAGGCUAUAAUAUUAUAUUGCUCUUCAGCAUAAUGUCC